CCUCUCACAACCCACGUGAAUUCUCUUCUCUUGGCAAGAUGUGUUGCAACUACGGCAACUCCUGUGGCUAUGGCUGUGGAUGUGGCUAUGGCUGUGGAUGUGGUCCUUAUUAUGGCUGUGGUUAUGGCCUCCGUUAUGGCUGUGGCUAUGGCUCAGGAUAUGGCUGUGGCUAUGGCUCCUGCUGUGGCUAUGGCACUGGAUAUGGCUGUGGCUAUGGCUAUGGCUCCAACUUCUGUGGCUACCGGCCAUUUUUCUAUAGAAGAUGUUAUUCCUCUUGCUGGUAGAACAUCACUGUCCAAACCCCACUUGCUUCGGAAAUGACACACCUUAAGAGAAGACUCAUUCAAGGAUCUAUACCCCAAGAUUUAUAUAUCGGGAUCAUUGCAUGUGUCAUAGAAGAUUUGACCUCCAGUAACAUUUGUAGCAUGGCAUCUUGUGGCUUGAGGCUAUGGAGUAUCAUCUAACAGUUUUCCAAAAAGUGUUGGUCUUACUCCCUUAAUAUGGAUUCUGUGUUGUGACUGUGGCAAGGAUCUGAACAUCCCACAUUUGGGCAAAUCCCUUAUUCUCAAUAAAAAUGUUUCAUUCUUUCUAUCAAA